AUGGGCAAGAUCGAGAACAACGAGAGGGUGAUCCUCAAUGUCGGGGGCACCCGGCACGAAACCUACCGCAGCACCCUCAAGACCCUGCCUGGGACGCGCCUGGCCCUUCUCGCCGCUUCGGAGCCCCAGGGCGACUGCCUGACGGCGGCGGGCGACAAGCUGCAGCCGUCGCCCCCUUCGCUCUCGCCGCCGCCGCGACCGCCCCCACUGUCCCCCGGGCCGGGCGGCUGCUUUGAGGGCGGCGCGGGCAACUGCAGUCCCCGAGGCGGCGGCGACCACCCCGGGGGCGGCCGCGAGUUCUUCUUCGACCGGCACCCGGGCGUCUUCGCUUAUGUGCUCAACUACUACCGCACCGGCAAGCUGCACUGCCCCGCCGACGUGUGCGGGCCGCUCUUCGAGGAGGAGCUGGCCUUCUGGGGCAUCGACGAGACGGACGUGGAGCCCUGCUGCUGGAUGACCUACCGGCAGCACCGCGACGCCGAGGAGGCGCUCGACAUCUUCGAGACCCCCGACCUCAUCGGCGGCGACCCCGGCGACGACGACGACCUGGCGGCCAAGAGGUUGGGCAUCGAGGACGCCGCGGGCCUGGGGGGCCCCGACGGCAAGUCUGGCCGCUGGAAGAGGCUGCAGCCCCGCAUGUGGGCCCUCUUCGAGGACCCCUACUCGUCCAGAGCCGCCAGGUUUAUUGCUUUUGCUUCUUUAUUCUUCAUCCUGGUUUCAAUCACAACCUUUUGCCUGGAAACACAUGAAGCUUUCAAUAUUGUUAAAAACAAGACAGAGCCAGUCAUCAAUGGCACAAGUGUUGUUCUGCAAUAUGAAAUCGAAACGGAUCCUGCCUUGACGUAUGUAGAAGGAGUGUGUGUGGUGUGGUUUACUUUUGAAUUUUUAGUCCGUAUCAUUUUUUCCCCUAAUAAACUUGAAUUCAUCAAAAAUCUCUUGAAUAUCAUUGACUUUGUGGCCAUCCUACCCUUCUACUUAGAGGUGGGACUCAGUGGGCUGUCAUCCAAAGCUGCUAAAGAUGUACUUGGCUUCCUCAGGGUGGUAAGAUUUGUGAGGAUCCUGAGAAUCUUCAAGCUCACCCGCCAUUUUGUAGGUCUGAGGGUGCUUGGACACACUCUUCGAGCUAGUACUAAUGAAUUUUUGCUGCUGAUAAUCUUCCUGGCUCUAGGAGUUUUGAUAUUUGCUACCAUGAUCUACUAUGCCGAGAGAGUAGGAGCUCAACCUAACGACCCUUCAGCUAGUGAGCACACGCAGUUUAAAAACAUUCCAAUUGGCUUCUGGUGGGCUGUAGUGACCAUGACUACCUUGGGCUAUGGGGAUAUGUACCCCCAAACAUGGUCAGGGAUGCUGGUGGGAGCCCUGUGUGCUCUGGCUGGAGUGCUCACAAUAGCCAUGCCAGUGCCUGUCAUUGUCAACAACUUUGGAAUGUACUACUCCUUGGCAAUGGCGAAGCAGAAACUUCCAAGAAAAAGAAAGAAGCACAUCCCUCCUGCCCCUCAGGCAAGCUCACCUACUUUUUGCAAGACAGAAUUAAAUAUGGCCUGCAACAGCACACAGGGUGACACGUGUCUGGGCAAAGACAAUCGGCUUCUGGAACAUAACAGAUCGGUGUUAUCAGGUGACGACAGUACAGGAAGUGAGCCGCCAUUAUCACCCCCAGAAAGGCUCCCCAUCAGACGCUCUAGUACCAGAGACAAAAACAGAAGAGGGGAAACAUGUUUCCUACUGACGACAGGUGAUUACACGUGUGCUUCUGAUGGAGGGAUCAGGAAAGUGUUGUACAGAAUCUGUCAUGGAUUUCUGACUGCUGAAAAAGGGACAAUGGGAUUUAGCCACACCAAGGACUGUGCCGGAAACAGACUUCUGCUGCUGAAUGUGCCCUGAUGCGACCAGGUAGCACUUGGAAGAGGUCCCUGCGUUUUUGCGAGGCAUUUAAAGCUAGAAAAGAACUGUGGCUGGAACUCAU